UUUCAAAUCAGUCUGAAACACAAUUUUGGGAAAUCUGAUUAUGUAAUGAACGCUAAAAGUGUUCUAACAUUAAUCGUAAAGUGUAUUUUUAAAACUGUAUUCAACAUAUUUUAAAAAUGAGCAAUAGUCAUAUAGAAUAUUCUAAACAUUAACAGAGCGGUUAUAACUUUAUAUUUAAAUUUACUAAAGAACCGGGUGUGGAAGUCUAUAUGAAAGUGUUCAAGCAAGAUACGGAUGGUGGAUGUGAUGUGGUUGUUAAAUAAAGAGAAAGUACCCCUGGUGGGAACUCACAAUCCAUUGGUUCGUCAGUGAGUUAAAUCUAGGUAUUGAUGCGAAUUUCACAUUAGCCAUGAUAAUGGAACAAAAAGAGCUUCUAUUAGUAAAAUAGCAAAGUGAACCGAAACAUAGUUUAAUGCUAUGGCGCAGAUGAGGGAUAGAGUGUUGCACAUCAGUGAUAUAGAGAAGGUUGAUGAUGUGAUGGACGGGAUGAAGCUAUGUGAAGACUAUGGCAUCCCUGAUGAUGGACUCGAGAGUUUGGAGGAAUACCUCGAGAGGCUCCAUCUUCAUUACAACUCACAGACUCAGCAAGACUAUAAAGCCAUGACUUUUAGGUCAAUGAAGAAAACUCGAAAAGAAGAUAAGCUUAAGAGAGAUCAGUUAAUCGACUUAGUGAAACAUUUAUCAUCCAUUGUGCAAUCUUUCGACAACACCGACGGAUUCCAUUUUCUUCAAGACUUUUUGAGCAAGGAGGGUACAACAUCAAAUAUUGUGCAUGACUGUGAGGAGCACGUGAAACAACUGACAAAGGAUGAAACAAUUAUACUUGUUGCAGGUGAGACCUCAAGUGGGAAGUCUAGUUUUCUCAACCUCUUGCUUGGUAUUGAAGUCCUGCCAACAAAUACUUUAAGUUGCACCUCUAUUAUCACAACAAUACGCUACGGAAAAAAACAAGAAUUCAAGAUUAAUUACAAAAACGGAUUACAAUAUUCCACUGACAAAAUCGAAGAAUUCCAAAAGAUUGCCUUUCCAAAGGAAAAUCGAGAUGAGGACCAUGGGAUACAAGAGGCCGAAGUGUAUAUUACAACUGAUAUUUUAAAGUGUGGCAUUGUCCUUGUUGACUCACCAGGAAUCGGUGAAAAUGACUUCUUGGAGCAAUAUUUGAUUGAUUUUGUCUCGACGAAUGAGAUAAACGCUUUCACAUACUUGAUAUUCACCGACAAUCAUGGAGGAGUGAUAGAAGACCGGCUCCUUCAUCUCUUGAAAGUUAUCAUCCAAGAAAGAAAGAAAAAGGUGCAUUCCAUCCCAUUUGAUCCUCAGUCGGCCCUCUUUGUGGCAAACAGAUUCGAUAGAGUGCAAAUCGAGUACCAGGCCGAAGUCAAAACUCACAUAACUGCAAAACUAAAGGGAUGCUAUCCCCAAUUUGACAGUACAAGACUUGUGUUCUUCUCAACAUUACACGCCAAAAGAGACGUAGACGCUGAUGAAUCGUAUAUAAAUGAGCAUUUUAAAGAACUGCUGUUAAAGAUAAGCACACUUCAUUCUCAUGUUUUGGAUACAAAAAUACGUUUUCAUUACAGAUGGAUGGCCCACAUUUUGCACAGAAUCCAACAUUGCCUGAAAACGUUGUCCUGUCGACUCUCAAUGACGCAAAAGGAUAGUGCUGACCGGACACUGAAGCAACGACAACGGCUGAAAACCCUUCAGAAUGAGAGUACAAAGGUCUUAAACGAUGUGAAAGCAACCAUAGACGAAAAGAGCAAAGUUGUAAGGAGAGAUGUUGUGAAGAUCCUCACUUUACCUGCCACAAAACUCCGACUUUGCUCCAUCUGGAAGGCCGGAGAAAUACCCGAGAUAACUGACAUCUCGAGACCUGCACAUUUGGAGAGGAUCAAGAGAUGCAUUGACGAUGCUUUCUUUGACAGAUUGUUUAAUGAAGUAGAAGAAUGGGAAGAAGAGGAAAAUGCAACAUUAGCAAACAUUGAAGAACAGCUUUCAGCAAAGCUUCAAGAAGGUCUUAACUUUCUUCGCGAUAAGAUAUUCACAUCCGAAGCCUGUAUGAGAAGAUCUGAUGUAUCUAACUCAUCCAGUAACAGCUUAUCUGAUAGCAGAUCCUCACGCGAGUCAGGUACACGAGAUUGUCUUUUAGAGCUACCGUUACAGAUGCCACGAAAACUCAAACAUCGAUUACAUCCUUUCAGGAGUCUUUUAUUUCAGCAUGAGUCGAAAACGUAUGUUCAAAAUCCUGAAGAAUGGGCACACAGACGAGCAGAGAAACUUCUCAAUAAGAUAUUAAUGAAUGAAAGGGCGAAAGGAUCUACAAAAGGCACCUUAGACAUCAUUGUGGAAGUUUUCAUGCAAAGACCUCUUCACAUUUAUGAAUCUUUAAAAGAGAAAGUACCUUCCCUUAUCGAAGCGAACAUGGAGUUGACGUACGCUCUUGAAGAAAUGGUGUUAAACCAUCGACAAAAUGCUCGGUUGUACAUGAAAGGGGUUGAAAAAAUUGAAUAUCUAAAGAUGUCACUGCGAUUGUAUGGUGAUGGAUGCUUGUAUGUUAAUGACUUCAAAGAUAAUGAAAUAAAAGUCAAGACCAUUGUCAAACCAAACGGUAUCGCACUAAGUAACUGCUCCAGAUCAAGCAUUUUCUUCGAAAGUUACCAUGAAAGUGAAUCCGAUAAACCAGCCUGUGAUGUAAAAGGCAUGUGGUCCUGCAUACUACCUGGGUAUGUACAACAGGCUUCGCAGGCAAGUGAUGUUGCAAUAAGAAUGUACACAGAGGCAGCUGGAGAUAUUGACUCUUGCAGGGAGGUAGCAACAAUCAGAUGUUUGACGCAUAAUGAUUACCACAUCGCCUCAUUUUUGGGGAUCCAUUUCCUUGACACAAGUUUACCAGUGUACAUAUACGAUGGGGCACUUAUAUCCCUUAACAAUUUCAAGAACAUGAAAAAGUGCAGCAGAUCCCAGAUAAGAAACAUGAUUACCAACAUUGCUCAAGGUUUAAACUACUUGCACAUGAAUGGCCUUGUGCACAUGGAACUUUCGGAAGACAUGGUGACGGUAAACGCAAAAGGCGAUAUUAGACUCACGGGCGCCUGUAUACCAAGAUUACCAACUUUUCCAGCAGACAAAGAUUCGUGUCGAAUUGGGCGCUACGUUUACUUCCCCUUUGAAGUGUUAAACGGGCAAAUUUACACGAGAUCAUCAGAUGUUUAUAGUUUCGGUCUUUUGAUGUUUGAAGUUUUGUUCAUGAAAAAGGCGUUUGAUGACCACAAAUUGUUGUCAUUCAACGAGUUUGUGGAAUCUUUUGAUCCGGAACACAAUUUGCAUUUGCAUCAUGGAGUUAAUCUUUCCUGGCCAGAACGGACAUUGAGUUUGAUCAAACUUUGUCUAAAGAAAACAGAGUUUGAACGGUUGACGAUGGCCACUGUCGUAGAAGUACUUUCGGACACUGGAGUACACACAAAUGGGUUCAUUGCUUCGUGAGGUUAUAUAUGAUUGCCUAGUUGGACACUGACUUGAAUGUCUUACAGAAACACGCUUUUCAUCUGCCAUAUCAUUGUUAAUUGUUAAUGAUAUGAUGCAUUAAACCGAUCAGUUUGUUCUGUUAUUGCAUUGUUUCUUGAUUUAUAUGUACAAAUGCCUGUCAUUAAUUGUCCAAUUGUAUAUUUCUAAUAUCUUCAUAUAUAAGACCAUAAGUUACAAUUUGUUAAAUGAACAAUGUAUUGCAAAGUGAUUACAACAGUACAUGACGUUUUUCCGUUUCUGUUGAGGUCACGUUCGCCGGAAGUAGUAUUUUUUCUAGUAACGUUGUACAGGUUACUAACUCAUUGUUUAAAUCUGUUAUAAAACAUUUACACUUUAGAUACCAUUUUUUAUUACAAAUGAGUAAGUAAUGAGUGUGAUUUUUAUCUUCGUCUAGGAUCUUGGUCUGAAGCAGAUACCUUCAGAAAGCAUGCACUUUUGUUUAUUUUAUGCGGUAUCUUGUAACAUUUCCUUUCUGUAAAUAUUAAUCUAAUCUUAAAUUAGUACUGUAUAGUGAAUAUUAUGUGGAUACACUUACUCUCAUUGAUAUGUUGGACUUUACUGCUCAAUUCAAGUACAUUUUUAAAACUGUUCAAUCACAUAUUUCCUAAGUUUAAUUGUAUUUCAUUCUAUAAGAUUAUGCGAUAGAUGAUUGUAAAUAAACUGUAACUCACCGAUUAUCAAAUACUUUUUUACGGUUUAUUGCCGAUGUAAACAAAGAUAUACUUAAUUGGUUGUGUUAGUUUAUUUGCCGGUACAAUUAAGCAUAGAGUGGUUCAAUAAAUUGGAUACAAUAUCA